AUGGCCACCACUUUUCCUCGGCCUCUGCCUCUCCGCUCUUGGGGGUACCCAGUGGAUGUGCCUAAUGACUCAGAUGCCGAGCGCUGGUGCUCCGAGGCUGACUGCGAGCGCAUCCUCGUACAAUUUGUAUUCGUGGCCAAGUGCAAUGUCAGAACGGCCCGUACAGGCACCGGCGAUCUUGUCAAAGGCUUAACCGAGAUGAUAAGGAAGACUUGCGCAGCCCUAUCCAUGAGCACCAUGGCAGUCCUUCGGUGGGCGAGGCUGGGGACGCUUCCAGAGAUCGUGGAGUGCACCCGGUGCUGGAGGUGUAGAUGCUGCUUCUGCCAGAAGCACGCUGUUGGAUACGUUACUUUGAUACUGGACGAGGCACAGGGUCGCAGAGUCAAGGGAAAGAUCGAGUCUGGCAGGCGACCCUCGGCUGGAGCCGAGACGUUCGACAAAGGCGAAGACACCGAUCAGCACCAGAGGCGAGGUAACAGGGUGAGAUACCCGCUCCCCUCAGCCAGGGCUGCUCUGCAACGAUGUCACAGCAGUCACCAGGAACCUACAUCGCUCUGCCAGCGCCUUCUCAAACUGUUCCAUCUCGAAUUAGGCACACGGCCCUGCACCCAGACCUCAACAUGCACAUACACCCGGGAGUCCCUCGAUCUCUCUGUCGGAACAUUGUGUUACUUUGCUCCUGUCGAUGAUGAUGAAGCCGUCAGCUUUUCCUCUCCCGGGGACAGGGUCGGACCUCAGUCGUCACAGUUGGCUCGGUCCUCCGCAAGUUCAGUAUUCCAGAAGCUUUUCGGGGCAUUCGGCAUGCCCACAAUCGUCUCCCACGAAAACAAGCGCUUGGUGAUCCUCCCUGAUGAAUGCCUCGUGGUUCGCGAGCGCGUGUGUCGCAACUGCGAAAGGAUUGUGCUCGCUGUCAAGGCCAGAGAGAUGGCGAGGUGGCAGCAGUGGGCGAGGGAGCAAAAGAGCAGAAGGAAAAAUAUGGCAGAGGGACAGAAAGCAACGGAGGCUAGGAUGGUGGCGAGACUGGAGGACCGCACUCGGGUCGAAGUCAAAGAGGAGGAUGUUCUACAAGUGCUGCAAACUGCGCUCGCGCACAUCAGCUACUCUGCGGCAUCGCUACCGAGCAAGACAGAGGCGACACUGUCCCAAUGGAGCUACAAUGGAGCACAAACUGCGGGCCUCAGCUCCGAGGAGCACAGCUCUGGCGCUGGCCCUGAGACUGCCUCGGUCUCUGUCUCUAGCUAUGGGCCCUCCACGCAGUCCGAUGCAGAACUUACAGGACGUGCAACAACGCCAUCGACUGGAACAAAGCGAUCGCCGAUGUCCCUACACCCGCAGCUGGCAGCGGAGACCAAGCGUAGUCACAAGCAGCGGACCAAGCAGGAGUCACAAGCUUGGACCAGGCCUCAGAGCAGCAAAGGUGGCCGGAGGGGACGAGGCUACUGUUUUACCACCGAACAUUGA